CUGAGACUCUGGCCCAGGGUCAGACCGUAGACGGCAUUGUGCUGUUGUCAUUGAUCAGUGACAUUGAAGCCCACCUGGGCGGCGCUCUGCGUGCCAUUCUUCAUCAACUUCUCCUUUCUGUUUUGCCGGCUGUCAAUUGUACAUCUAGGACGGCAAGAACAAUCCGUGAUGGCUUUGCAAUGGGUGCUCAUGGGUUCGGUUGCGAUACUUGAAGCCGUCAUCCUCGUCUUCCUGUCUUUGCCUCUGCCACAUGCUUUGCGGAAACGGACAGUCUGGGUAGUGGAGAACUCGCUGCAGCCUAUGCUUGCAAUAGUACCUUUUGCCAUCUUCCAGCUCACAGAGGUGUACUUGAAAUGGGAGGCAAGGAUGCGGUGUGCAGGAGAAGUCUGCACGGUGGCAGAUAAAGACCGGUUUGACAAGGCGAUGAUGAAGACGCAACGAAACGGUGUUCUGGCGUUUUCGGCACUCCUGCUCUAUUGGAUCCUGUUUCGGUUCUGCAAAACAUUGAAGAAGCUCUCGCUUAUGGAAGACAAGCUGAGAGUCCAGAAGGACGAAUGACUGAGGUAUACACGAGAGUAGCUUUUAGUGCUUUGCUUGUUGUAUCAUAUGGAUAGGGGCUGCAUAUUAACAUGUCGCUUGUGUAGAUUGUCAUACAAAGUCAAUGACGUCGCUGCACAAUUAGAAAAUCCAGCCGAGACACAUACCCUGACCAUCGUUCAUAGAUUUAGCAAAUGCAAAGUUGCAACUUUCAAUUCCGAAUGUAAUAUCGAGACAAAGUAUUGCAUGGCAAAUGAAGAUGUUGAAGCUGUAAAGUGGCACUGAUGUCUGAACGAUCUUUUGCUACAGACUUAUAACUAUAUAAUCCUUACACAUACUGGAGGAUAACCGGAACUGGAUGAUGUUAUGAGCGGAUACGUGUGCACUAG